UUCUGUAUUACAGCCCAAAGCUUUGCGGGAAAGGAGUAUUGAGAGAGAACUCUAGCUAAGCACUUUGUUCCAGAGCUGAGAUCUGGGAAACCGCAGGAUUAGUUUAAAAACCAGAAGAGCAGCUUGAGGUUGUCAUGGCAUCAACAACGUAUAAUGCGAAGCCGGAGCCUGGAGACCUCAUUGAAAUUUUCAGAGUUGGAUACCAGCACUGGGCUAUUUAUGUGGGUGAUGGUUAUGUCAUUCACCUGGUCCCACCCUCUGAGCAUGCUCAAGCUGGGGCCUACAGUAUGAUGUCUGUACUGUAUGACAAAGCCAUAGUGAAGAAAGAAGAGCUUUGGAGUGUAGUUGGUGAUGAUAAAUUCAGUAUCAACAACCUUCUGGAUGACAAAUAUGAGUCUCGGGCUCUCAGAGACAUCAUAUUGGAGGCCCAUAGCCUUGUGGGAAAGGUGCUUCCAUAUAGUGUGUGUACAAGCAACUGUGAGCACUUCGUUACGGAGCUGAGAUACGGGAAGCCACAAUCUCGCCAGGUGCGGAAUGCAGUGACAGUUUUUGCUGGAGUUGCUGGUUUCUUGGGAUUUUUUGCUACUGCUGUAUACUUGCUCAGUUCAAAAAACAAACAGAAGGAGACACAGGAAAAAUAAAGAAAAUAAAGACCUUUAUGUGAUCCUUUAUAGAUACUUUUUUUAAUUACUGUACUGAUUUUCCUGAUGACUUUUUAAGCUUUUUGAUAAAUGUAAAAUUAACAAAAAAUAACAUCUGAAUUAAAACAAACUGACAUGGGAUGUGUUUCACGGUAACGUCACAAUUCACAGUUUUACGACAAUCUUAAUAGAGCCCAACAGUCUGGUUCUGGAAGUAAAAAUUCCAUAAAUUUUUUCCAUAAGGGAAUUUUUUAACGAUAACUUAUAAACCUUAGAAGGUAGACAUACUGUGAGCUCUGAGGUUGUUAUGGUAAUCAAUGGUAUAUGCUUCUAUUGAAGCCAUCAGUUCACAUUAUAUUUUCUUAUUUAAAAAAUAAAUAAAAUCAUGUUUAAUACUGGAAUUCCUGGUGAAGAACUACACUACCCAUGAAUCCUGAAGAGAAACUUCCACUAAUCAGAGUUGACAAACCCACUGCAGCAAAAAAUCUUCGAAUCGACCGCCCACUCCUGUAAAGUGCUGUGAAUGACGCAAUCGAGUCUCCCUACACUCUCAAACUACAUUUGUUUGUAAUCGUAAUGUGUUUUUAUUACGAUUACAUCAUUCACAAUGCUUCAUGGGAUUUUAGUUCAUUCACCAAAAGUGAUCAAUUUUAACAAAAACAACUAUACAAUAUUUUUGGAAGUUUACUGAAUUUUCUAAUAACUUUUUAAGCUUUUGAUGACUAUGCAAUCAGGAAUAUUGGUGAAAUAUCUACUUUAUAGAAUAAAACAAAAAUGUGCAUUUUACUCAAACACAUACCUAUAAAUAGUAAAUCCUGAA